AAUAUGUUUGGGGGAAAAUCUACUUGAAUCAUACAUUUUACAUUUUUCCGUAUCGAAGACCGUAUUCAAUUUUACUUGCAUUAAUGACGUCACAAUGAAAACACAUCAUAGUACACUGACGUCAUAAUGGUUGCGAACCACUCUUUCGUCGUUCAGCAAGAAAAUAACACACGUUGUAAAUCGUGAUAUCUAUUUCGUUUGCUAUGAUGGAGAAAUUGGGAAGUAAGACUAUGGAACAGCGUCUUAGGACAAGCCUGCUUCAGUAUUUAUCAAGGACAAACACACGGACUAUGACUCCAGUUAGACAGCACAUUCUAGAAAUUCUAAUUUUUCUCUACGGAAAAGAAACUGCGAGUAAAGAUGGUGGAUUUUCAUUUUCAAACAGGAAAGACAUUGCCGAAGAACAGAAGAAGUACAUAGUAUUUGCCUAUCUGUUCAUGGAAGCUUUGAAAAAGAACAUGAUUACAGAGACAGAUUUACGUACACUUCAAAGAAUGUGGACACAGCAUAUUCUGUAUCUAACCAAAAGUGGUAAAGACAAAGCAGCUGAAAGAUACCUCCGAAUUCUAGAAGACAGUGAGGAGGUCAUUUUCAAUAUAAAACGAUUUCAAAACCAACUGAUCAAAACGAAAGACUUCUUGGCUAAGAACACCACUGAUCCUGCCAAGACACGGCAGUUAGACCAAACAUUCCAAUUCAGAAGAUCAGGCUUGUUUGAGAGAAUAGGGACACGGUUGAGGAAAUUCUUUGGUCAGCGUGACCCUGAUGACUUUUUUAUGGCCAAGUUUCAGGACGUUAACUGAAAUCAGGAGUUCUGUGUGUUACAGCAGACCAGUGAUAUCUGAAUGACUGCAGCUAAAACUCUGUUAAU